AUGGAGGUGGAGGAGGAGGGAAGACGCUCUCCGCACGAUCGUGGGGAUCCGUGUGUUCCCGAGAGCUUCUUUGAUCGCGUAACGCAAGAAUUACGCGGCGAUCUCGAACAUGAGCGGAAUAGGCGUCUCCAAAUGGCGGACACUGCCUCGAAGCAUCGAGCUGAGUUUGCCUUUGCUCAGCUUGAGAACGAGAGAUCUCUGACAUCUCUUCGUGAGGAGCUAAGGGUAGCUCGUGGGAUUGUUGAUCGGUCUCGGGAUGAGAUAACUGCUCCUCAGACCCUUGUUGAUGCCCACCAUCGGGAGCACAAGGCUCUCUGCGAGAUGCUUGUGCGCAAGGGCGUUCUUCAUCGGAAGAAGCAGCGUACUGAUGGUACGGCUUAA